ACGGCCCCGGCAGCCAUGGCCACGCUUUACCCCUCCCUCGAGGACAUGAAGGGCCACCAGCUCCUGCAGGCGCAGGCAGCAGCCGGGGUGAGGACCCCCCCCACGACCGUGGUCACGGAGAAGCCAAAGCUCAGCUCAGACCCCGCGCUGCCCGUGCUGUACCCGAACCUGGCCGAGCUGGAGAACUACAUGGGGCUGGCCCUGUGCAGCGAGGAGAUCCAGAAGAACCUGCUCCCGGAAGGCAGCGGCUCCGCCCUGACCCCCAGCGGGCCCCCCCCGGGGCAGGUGGUGGCCCCCCUGAGCGGGAGCAGCGCGGGGCUGCGGCGGGCGGAGAUCAAACCGGGCGUGCGGGAGCUUCACCUCUGCAAGGACGAGCGGGGCAAGACAGGGCUGCAGCUCAAGAACGUCGACCAGGGCAUCUUCGUGCAGCUGGUGAAGGCCAACUCGCCAGCGGCGCUGGUGGGGCUGCGCUUCGGGGACCAGAUCCUGCAGAUGGACGGCAGGAGCUGCGCGGGCUGGAGCAGUGCCAAGGCGCAGCGGGCGCUGAAGAAGGCGAACCCCGAGAAGAUCGUGAUGGUGGUGCGGGACCGGCCGUUCCAGCGCACGGUCACCGUGCACAAGGACAGCACCGGCCACGUCGGCAUCGUGGUGAAGAAGGGGAAAAUCGUGUCCCUGGCCAAGGACAGCUCCGCUGCUCGCAACGGGCUCCUGACCCAUCACUACAUCUGCGAGGUGAACGGCCAGAAUGUCAUCGGCAUGAAGGAUAAGCAGCUCAUGGAGGUGCUGGCGGGGGCCGGGAACGUGGUCACGCUGACCAUCAUCCCCACUGUGAUCUACGAGCACAUGGUGAAACGGCUCUCACCAGGGGUGGUGAAGUCGAGCAUGGACCACUCCAUCCCUGACCUGUGAGGACUUCGCUGCUGGAAGCCUCAUGGGCUGCUGAAGGUACCCCACAGCAUCCCCAAAGGAGUCCCUCAUCCCUGCAGCCACCGGUGGCACCUCCAGCCCGUGCCGUCCUCUCCUCCCUCACAUCGGCAGGGAUGGGGAAUGCACAUCCCCAUGUCCUGGGGCAGACGCCAAAGGCUGGCUCCAGCCAAAGCAGACACAGACCCAGUGACGUUUAUUACAUCCACCAACAGAGAGCGAGUACAGGAUGGGGGGGGGGUGUUACAGCUUUGUCAGUUCUGUAUUUAAAAAAUAUAUAAUAUAGAUUUGUCUUUCAAAUAUAAUCAUUACAUUUA